AUGUCUGAUAAAAAGAAGAUUUUUUAUGAUAAAUUGAGUGAGUUGAAGAAAACAACUACUGAUCGGAGUGUUUUUAUCGAUAUCGAGCGGUACGAAAUAUUACUUCAAGAAGUAAAAGAAGCUCAGUUACUUCGAAAAAAUAAGCAAUCGCUAUCGUCAAAGCAAUAUCGUCGUAUAAAGCGAUACGACAUCUUAAAACUUGGUGAUACUGAAAAACUGAUUGAAAGUGGUUCUGAAGGCAUGGACGAUUCUAAAAUUCGCUAUUUCUGUAAGGCGGAUGAGCUAUUUGAUGUAUUGGAGCUAGCACAUCUCAACGUGGGACAUAAAAGAACAAGAGUGUCAAUUGAAGAAAAAGAUACCAAAACAUGGAUUAGUUGUACAACUAUUUUAUCUGACUACAUGAACUCUCGAUGUCAAAUGGACUUGAUUGACAUGCAGUCAGAGCCAGAUAAAGAUUACCGAUUCAUUAUGAAUUAUCAAGAUCAUUUAACCAAAUUCACAAUUCUUCGUCUUAAGACAAAGACUGCCGAGGAAGUGGCCUAUCAACUCAUAGACAUAUUUUGUUUAUUCGGUGCCUCAUGUAUACUUUAA